AGCCGCGCGGGGCCCGAGACGGCCGCGCGGAAGGGGUGGGCGGGGUCAGCCUGGCGGCCGCCGGGCCUCCAGCAGGCCGCCGUGGAUGCGCCGCUGAGGCCUGGGCGUGCCAUGGCCUCGGGCCUCCAGAUCGUCCUGCUGCUGGGAGCCGCGGGUGUGGGCGCGGCCAGUGCAGUUGACUCCGGCUUGCAGCUGCGAGGCGCGGAUGCCGAGGCCGACGUCGAGGCGCAGUCCGGCAAUUGGGACGUGCUCGACUUCGAGCCAGAAACCACGGUGCCCGCCCGCAGGCUCUCCGACGACGGCACCACGGCGCCGGGCGAGGUUGACGGCACCUUUGAGGACACGACCGACGGCGCAGGCAGCGGCUUCGCGUGCACGCCCGACGACCUGCUGGAGUCGACGUCCUGCUGCGUCUCGACGUGGCGGCAGUACUGCUCGAGCCUGACGACGGGGGCCAAGUCCUUCGCAAUGUCGCUGGACUGCCAGUUCGCAGCAUUCAGCAACGUCAGCGGCUCCGACACGAGCGAGUCCAGCGCCGAGGCCAUGGACAAUUGCUCGGAGGCCGGGGGCAGCGGCUCGGAGCCGUGCGCGGUCUUCGACGAGGGCGGGGCGCUGUGCCAGCUCGACUCGUUGACCCACAUCAUGCACAUCAACGUGCAGAUGGACGCUACCAACUUCAGAUUCGACGCACGGUCUGUGGCGGCGGUGAGCUGGGCGACGGCGGCCCUCCAUGC